AUGGCGGCACCGCGAGACGAUCCCACAGCCAUACUCGAUCCUAACGACUAUGCCGUCGUCUGGAUUGCACCUCUUGAAAUUGAGGCCCAGGCGGCCUUGUACAUGCUCGAUGAGCAACACCAGGGUAGGUUUGCGGUGGACCGAGGCGACGAAUAUGUGUUCCACGCUGGCAGUAUGUGCGGCCACAAUAUUGUCAUAGCGACGUUCCCGGCCGGCCAAGAAUACGGGACAGGGUCAGCGGCAGCGCUCGCCAGUCAGAUCAUCAAGUGUUUCCCUCAUUACUGGAUCGGCCUGCUGGUCGGUGUUGCGGCGGGGCUGCCAAAACUGUCCGGCGAUACCCCCCGCGAUAUUCGGCUCGGGGACGUGCUUGUCAGUCUUCCUGAUGGUGAAAGAGCCGGAAUCAUUGCGUACGACCUUGGCAAAGAGACGGACGACGGGUUCCAACUCCUUCGACGCGGUCACGCCUUGACUGCGACGAAACCGAUAGUGCGGUCAGCAAUCGGCAAAAUCAAGGCCAAAGCACCCGGCGACGCGCAGAUGCUCUUGCCCCAUUAUGAAGCGAUUCGUGAUCGCAAGCAUGCGACCGGCACCUUUGCCGACCCUGGACAGGACUGCGAUAGACUCUACUCGACGAUCGACGGCGGAGAGGAUGUUAUAAUCAAACGCGCUCACCGACCAGACAACGACCGUACGCGCGUGUGGUAUGGUCCGAUCGGAUCGGGUGACAAGCUGCUCAAGAACGCACUGAAGCGGGAUGAGCUGAGGGACAACUACGAGAUCAUCGGGCUGGAAAUGGAGGCGGCAGGGACGAUGAACCGUAUCCCAGUCGGGGUGAUCCGGGGGGUGUGCGACUAUGGCGAUCAGCGGAAGAACAAGGAAUGGCAGCCAUAUGCGGCGGCGAUGGCAGCUGCGUAUGCGAAAGCGGUGCUGCGCGAGAUCCCGCCUGCGCAAGAUCCGACUCGUGCAGACGGUGUUGGGAGGAACAUUGGCCCAAAGAAACCUUCUAUUCCGUGUUACCAUAUCCAGCUGCCCAGGAAUGCUCGUUUCACUCGGCGUGGCACCAUUUUGGAUCAGCUCGAAGAGAAGUUGCUCGUCCGGAAAGAAAGCCGGCGGAUGGCAGUGGUCGGACUAGGCGGCAUCGGCAAGACGCAGAUUGCGUUGCAUUUCGCCUACAACGUCAAGGAGAAGUGGCCUGACUAUUCGAUCUUCUGGGUGCCAGUGCUGAGUCAUAGCAGCGUCGAGCAGGCGUAUGUUGAAAUAGCCAAGAAGCUCGGUGUCCAGAAGAAAAGCGACGACGAAGACAUCAAAGAGCUCGUUCGACAGUACCUGAGCUCGGACGAGGCCGGCAAAUGGCUGUUGGUGGUUGACAAUGCUGACGAUCAAGAGCUAGUAUUUGGGUCUGACGACAAAUCAGGCAUCGAGGAGCACCUACCUGACAGCGAGAACGGGUUGAUCCUGCUAACAACGCGAUCUAGGCAUGUGGCUGGAGAGUUUGCGCAGUCAGACAUUAUCCACGUCAAGCAAAUGGGGCUGGAGGAGGCCGAGGAACUCCUCAAGAAGACAUUGACGCAGGAGCAGACAAUGCAAGACAAAGCGUCAGUAACAGAGCUUCUAGCACAUCUGACGUAUCUGCCCUUGGCGAUCACACAGGCGGUAGCCUAUCUCAACCAAACAAGAACACCCGUGCGCACGUACCUAGGAAUGCUGCGUGGGGCCGAAAAAGACGCUGCCAGGGUUCUGGGUCGGGAGUUCCGAGAUAAUACCAGAUAUCGAGGUUCGCGGAACGCUAUAGCGACUACAUGGAUCGUGUCGUUUGAUCAAAUCCAGAAGUCCAACCCUCUUGCCGUCAAUUUGUUGUCGUUCAUGUCGUGCAUCGAGCCAAAGGCAAUACCCAAGUCCAUUUUGCCUGGGCUAGAGUCGGAGGGGUUCGAGUGGGCAAUAGGCACGCUUUGCGGGUACUCGUUCCUGGUUCAGCGUGAAGACAGCGAUACGUUCGACAUGCACAGCCUUGUACAUAUGGCUACCUGCGGGUGGAUCGAGAAGCAGAAUCGUGAGGGUCAGGUGAUGAGUGAAGCUAUUCACCACCUUGAAGAUAUCUACCCUUCGAAUGAGGGUGGGAACCGGGAUCUAUGGAGGGGGUAUCUGCCACAUGCGCUGCGAGCACUCGAGCGUAGCAACAAGUACGAAUCGGAAGAACGUGCAGAAUUUUGUAUGUCUGUCGGGCUGAGCUUGUUUGCAGAUCGGCGGUUUAAAGAAGCUAUACGGUGUUUUGAACAGGCAUUUGGCUGGCGGAAAGACCAUUGCACGGAGGACGACAGAUAUCGACUGGCAUCGGAACAAGCACUUGCGUGUGCCUACCUUGAAGACCGACGGAUCAAAGAGGCGAUCGAGAUGUUGGAACAUAUAGUAAAAGUAGAGAGGGACACGCUAGACGAAAAGGAUCCUAAUCGACUGGCAUCGGAACACGCACUUGCGUGUGCCUACCUUGAAGACCGACGGAUCAAGGAGGCGAUCGAGAUGUUGGAACAUAUAGUAGAAGUAGAGAGGGACGCGCUAGACGAAAAGGAUCCUAAUCGACUGGCAUCGGAACAAGCACUUGCGUGUGCCUACCUUGAAGACCGACGGAUCAAAGAGGCGAUCGAGAUGUUGGAACAUAUAGUAAAAGUAGAGAGGGACACGCUAGACGAAAAGGAUCCUAAUCGACUGGCAUCGGAACACGCACUUGCGUGUGCCUACCUUGAAGACCGACGGAUUAAGGAGGCGAUCGAGAUGUUGGAACAUAUAGUAGAAGUAGAGAGGGACGCGCUAGACGAAAAGGAUCCUAAUCGACUGGCAUCGGAACACGAACUUGCGCGUGCCUACCUUGAAGACCGACGGAUCAAGGAGGCGAUCGAGAUGUUGGAACAUAUAGUAGAAGUAGAGAGGGACGCGCUAGACGAAAAGGAUCCUAAUCGACUGGCAUCGGAACACGAACUUGCGCGUGCCUACCUUUCGGACCGACGGGUGAAGAAGGCGAUCGAGAUAUUAGAAUAUGUGGUAAAGUUGCAGAAAGAGACGUUACACGAAAAGGAUCCUGAUCGAUUAACAUCGGAACACGAACUUGCGAGAGCAUACCUUUCGGACCAACGGGUGAAUAAGGCGAUCGAGAUAUUAGAAUAUGUGGUAAAGUUGCAGAAAGAGACGUUACACGAGAAGGAUCAUUCUCGAUUAUUAUCGGAACACGAACUUGCGAGAGCAUACCUUUCAAACCAACGGGUGAAUAAGGCGAUCGAGAUAUUAGAAUAUGUGGUAAAGUUGCAGAAAGAGACGUUACACGAGAAGGAUCAUUCUCGAUUGGUAUCGGAAUACGAACUUGCGAGAGCAUACCUUUCGGACCGACGGAUUAGCGAGGCGAUCGAUCUCCUUAAACACGUCGUUGCCGUCAAAGCUCAACUUUAUGUUGAGGACGACCCCCAGCGCGAAGUCUCUAUGGAUUUGCUGGCGUAUGCAUAUAGACAGCUGGAGAUAUUUAGUGAGAAUACAGACAGUAGUAGUGAAUUCUCAAACGACAAUGAUCAGGGGCACAAUGGGGAUAGCAUGAUGGAUAGGCGUGCAUCUCUCGAGGGACUGGCGUAA